GAGUGGGAAUCCUCGGUUCAAAAAGCUGCUAACGUUCCCGCACAGCAGCGCGUGCGUGCGUGGUGUGUUUUCACUGCGACUCCACAGACGAUCAGUGGAUCAUGAUCUCCUCCGCGAGCGGGACACCAGUUUACCUCCGCUGACACCGAGUCGGCUGCUCUGACUGAAGACUGAACCAAACACAAAGAGAAGAAGAAGAAGAAGAAGAAGAAGAGAAGAAGAAGAAGAAGAAGAAGAAGAAGAGAAGAAGAGAAGAAGAGAAGAAGUCGUGCAGGUGGUUCGUGUUUGUUGAAGCGGACACACAGACACUCACAGUCCGGGACCUGCUCGUCUCAGCCGGCUUGGAGAACAGGAAGAUGUCGGUGGAGAGUUACUCUGCGCUGGAUGAGUCCUCUCUGCGAGCUCUGCUGGAUGGAACCGUGGAUCUGGACGAGAGACGACUCAUCCGUUCAGCCAUCCGGGAGCUGAGGACGAGGGAGAUCGAGGACAUGGAAGCCGCUCUGGCCAGCAAGAGAUUUCGACCCACACGCCUCAAACAGCAGGAGGACAAGGAGAACCAGCACAGGUCAGAAUCUAAUGAAAACUUGGACAUACUGUCACGAAAACUCCAGUCGAUCCAGGACAUUGACGAGCUCACGAAAAUGCUCCGUGCCGCCGGCGAAUACGAGGAGAGGAAGAUGAUUAGAGCAGCCAUCCGACAGAUCCGAGAUGAACAGCAGCAAGGGACUGUGGAGAGGGUUAAAGCUCCCAGUCGCUGCCUGGAUCCUGAGAGCUCGGAGCCCCAGGGCAUCAUGGGAAUUGGAGAGACGGAGAAUCACAGUGAUCGAGAGCGUGUCAGAUCUCAGAUCCGGGAGUUGCAGCACGGCCAGCAGACGCAGCAGAGCAGAGAGUUGCAGAGAAGAGGCUCCAACUCAGGCAUGGUGUUGGUUCUCGAUCACCUGGUGAAGGAUGACAGCCCUGGACCUCUGCUGAUCCAGCCUCAGAGAGAGGCUAUGGCCGCAGAGCCAGACCUGGUUCUGUCUCACCGUCAGAGGUCAGACUCCUCGGCUUCAGAUCGCAGCGUGGCCUCGGUGCUGUCCAGGUCCAACCAGGAUUCUGUGGCCUCAGAGAACAGUCUGGGCUCAGCCUACAGAGCCCGGCUGGACUCUGGAGCCUCCGACAGGAGCCUGGGUUCCUCCCAGCGUGCCCGGCUGGACUCUGGGGCAUCAGAGCAAAGUGUCAGCUCCCUGUCCCACGUCAGACAGAGACUUGGUUCAGAUGUCUCCGACUCCGGCGUCCGACCCCGUCUGGGCUCUGGGGCUUCUGACAGUAUUGGUCCUUUGUCAAGGGAACGGACUGACUCCAGGACGUCUGACCUGAGUGUGAGUAUGUCGUCUGAGGAGAGGGGUCCAGGGGAGGAGGUGGAGGUAGCCAUGAGUGGUUCAACCGACAGCACAGAUUCAGAAAGCGAGGGCAGAAGCCAGGAACCCGCCAGCCUCAACGCGCCGUCCAGCCAGGAUAGCAACAAUGAUGAGGAGCAGCCAGAUGGGGCCAAUUUAUCUCGGAGCAAUCCUGCAAAUGGGCUCCCCAGUGACAGCAUGAAGGGGCUAAACGACUUCAAGAAACAGAAGAUAACAGAUAACAGGGAUCUUCCUCUCACUCAUGACAAAGCAAAGGAUUCUGCACCUGAGAAGAAAGAAGCCGUAUUGGAACAUUUCAACAAGACCAACUCCGUACGUGAUCGAAUGCGCAAGUUCACAGAGUCCGGCCAGAGCCCGAACGUCACACCUUUGAAGAGAGCUCCUCUGAGGAACGGCACCACCUCCGGCAGCAGCGGCCAGACGAACUUCUCCAGAGCCACUGAGCGCUUCACACACACAGCAGCAUCCCUCACAUCUGGAGACUCCACAUCUCACACAUCUGUCGCAUCUCAAAGUCAGGCUGCACCUCAGCCAAGAGGAGGGGCUAGCAAACCUCUGUCUGCAGCUGACCAAUCGCAGAACUCCGUGGGUGGGACGAGGCAUCCAGCUGAAAAAGAUGUGCAAGCCUACAGUAACUCAAAGGACGACAGCACCCAAGGGAGAGCAGCCGGACAGCAGGUCACCCAGGGAGAGGAAGACCCGGACAUGAAGACUUUCCUCACCAUUGAGAUCAAGGAUGGGCGCACCACCACCUCCUCUACAUCCUCCCCCGGGGGCAACAUCGUCCCCAUCACCAACAUGACCCCACGCAUUGCCCCUAAUGCAUUGGGGCAGAGACCAGAGUUGACCCUUGGACUCAGAGCAACGCCAUUCAAGAUCUCCUCUUCCGGCCUCUCCUCUGGAUCCUCCAUCAAGAUCGAGACGGAGCCUGUUAUGGCCUCUGAGCCGGUGUUUUCAUCUGGACCGUCUGUCCAGGUGCCGUGUGAAGUCCCAGCCAUCCCCAACGGCUCCAGCACUCAGGCCAAACCCGUCGAGCGCUCCGGAAAGCUGACAGCCGAACAGCUGGCUGCCAUCGAGGAUGAAGAGCUCCUUGACAAAAUGCUCGAUGAGUCAAAAGACUUUGAGGAGAGGAAGAUGAUCCGUGCAGCCAUGCGGGACCUUCGCAAGAAAAAGAGAGAGGCCAUGCUGGGAUGCACUCAGGAGGAAAUAGACCAAAGAGAAAAGGAGCGUGAGACCCGUCUGCAAGACCUCCGGCAGCAGAGAGAGGAGCGUUCACAGAAAGGUCGCGCCGGGGUCGGAGCAGGAGAGGUGGUGAUGAAGAAGGUGGAGAAGUCUGCAGAUGGCUCCACUCUGAGUCAAGUCACGAAGACGAACCGCUUUGCCCAGUCUGAUGAUGGGAGCAGGUCGUCACGCAGCACUGUCGUCGAGGCCAGUUAUGUGCAGAAAACAGACAGAGGGACGGUCCAGUCAAAAUCAUACAGCUUCUCCUCUUCCUCUUCCUCCUCCAACACAAGCAAAAAAGUGGGCAGUGUCUUCGACCGCGAGGAUGACACAUCGGCCCGCAGCGGCAGCGGAGGGUUAGCCGCCGUGGAGCGACGGCAGGCGGAGAGACGCAAGGAGCUGAUGAGGGCACAGACUCUGCCCAAGACUUCUGCCAUGCAGGCCCGCAAAGCCAUGAUAGAGAAGCUGGAGAAGGAGGGAAGCAGUCCGGGAAACCAGGCGGUCGCCAAGGUAAACAAGGUGCAGCGUUCCACCAGCUUUGGUGUGCCCAACGCAAACUCCAUCAAGCAGAUGCUGCUCGACUGGUGCCGUGCCAAGACACGCUCAUAUGAGCACGUGGAUAUUCAAAACUUUUCAUCCAGCUGGAGCAACGGCAUGGCGUUCUGUGCCCUGGUGCACAAUUUCUUCCCCGAUGCCUUUGACUACGACUCGCUGAGCCCCAGCAACCGCAGGCAAAACUUUGAGGUGUCCUUCAACGCUGCAGAGACAUGGGUCAACUGCAUGCCUUUGCUGGAAGUGGAGGACAUGAUGAUCAUGGGCAACAAACCCGACUCCAAGUGCGUCUUCACCUACGUUCAGUCUCUGGUCAACCACCUGCGCAGAUACGAGAUGUCCAUGGGUCGGCCCUCUGACCUGUGUGUUCAGUGAGCGAGUGUUGUCCCACCCCCACCUGAUGGCCGUCUCCACUCUGGGCUGGGUCACAGAGUUUGUACAUCUCCAAUUGGACAAGUUGGGGAUAAUGUGUGUGUGUAAAUACGUGUGUGUGUGUGUGUUUGAGUGUUUUUGUGUGUCGGUUUAUCUAUGUUGGCAGAGGUGAUGUGUAUUCAAUCUUUCUGUUCUCCUCUGGACACAUCUCCCUCACACUAGAGGGCGCUAAAGUUUUUAUGAGUUAGACGACAACCUUUUAAAGCUUUAAAAUGUUGAAAACCUUUUGUACUGAAACACAGCUUUGUGUCAGGUGAUAUUUAACAUACAGUAGCUGUGUCACUACGCUAGUGUACUUUAAAACACCAAGAGAAAAAAAGAAUAUUUCAUAUUCCAUAUUAUAUAUAUAUACAGUAUAUAUAAUAUGUAAUAUUUAUUAUAUAUUUUUAACAUUUACCAUUUAAAUUAUUUUAAGCGACAUGUUUCUCUGCUACACUUUUGUAAUAAUGGUCAUUUGUUAGCAUUGCUGUUGGUUAUUCCACUGAAGACGAAAAAUACACCCAGUCCAAUAUACGAUGCAUUAUUUGGUUUUCAUUUUGGUACUUUCAAAUUUUUACCAAAGUCUGGUUGCUUGAAGUAUUUUAAUUAUUGUUGUUAUUAUUCUUACGUUGACAUAACCAAUUAUCAUAGAACUAUUUAAUGCAUGAGCACAGGGAUGUUUUCUCUUCUUUGUUCUAACGGAUCCAACAUUGUCUUUCUGUUGUUGUGUUUGAGUUCAGUGCCGAGUUUUCGUACAUUUCUGAACUCUGUAGUGCUACUGAGAACGUGUUUAAGUUUUUUGAACAUUUCGUCCCUCCUGUACUGUACCAUCAUCAGAUUAUUCUAAAUGCUCGCAGUUCAACAUGUUUAUUUAAUUUAAUCGAGGAAGACAGGAGGAGUGGGUUUCAAGCUGAUGUCAUAGAACUGAACUGUAUCGUUACUUGAUGUUUCAUUCUGCUCGACUGGCAGCGGGUGAAACUGUUGUUUCCAUCAUCUACCAGCAUCACUGCCACACUUAACCAAACACAUUCACACUCAGCUCGUUCAGAGGGCUCCUUAUUUAUGCUUGGAUAGAUUUUUUUUUUUUAUAUAUAUAUAUAUCUUUUUUAAAUUUUGUUAGUGUGUACAUUUUACUUAAAAGAAAUGGUUUUAAGUAAAGUCAGUAAUCUUAAGCUAUGACCAUGUUUUGUGAAACAAUAUUGGCAUCACUUUUUGGUUCACAGGCCUGAUGAAAGCCGGCUUUCAAUUUCAACAUGAGUAAUCAAGACUGAACUUUUCUGCCAAGUGUAUAUUUCACGACAUGAAGCCAAGGAUUUUUAUUCCGCUUGUAAAAUAAAUUUUCCUUUUGGAGAAGAUGUCUAAAAUUUGGUUUCAGAGUUGAUUUUGGUUCAAUUUUAUUUCAGUAGAUAUAAAGAAAUUAAGGUUUUUUUCAAGUUUCCACUGCUGCCAACUGAAAAACAAAAUGAUCUACCACCGAGCAGUGAGCGUUGUAUAUAAAGAGCUUCAACACUUUAUAAUUUCAUGUUUCUGUGCACCACAGUUAAAUGUGAAUUAACAAUUAAACCAAUUUGAGAAAUGAAA